UGCAGUGCCACAGCGCGAGGCAGACUGGCACCACAACCGAAAUGAAAAAUGGCAAUGGAUAAUUGUAUAUUUGCGCAAUGCAUUCUGUAUUUGUUAGCAUUCGUGUUUGGCUUCGUAGCCGUAGUACCUCUCUCAGAAAACACCGAUGAUUUUCGGGGGAAAUGCUUGCUUUUUACGCGAGGUAUGUGGCAGAACGAGAACAUCACGGUGUCAAAGCAGCGCUUCAUCAUUGAGGAAUGGGGACCACAGUCCUCCUGCAGCUUCAUCACUGCUGUCGGCAUCGCGUCUCUCAUCCUGUCCGCUGUCCAAGCUUGGAGGUUGCUGCUCUUCAUCCGAAAAGGCCUCGAUGACUCAAUCUUCAAUGCCUUCCUGAACCUGCUCAUCAGCAUAUUCAUAGUGUUCGCGGUGUUCCUGUCCAGCACAAUAGUCAGUGUGGGCUUCAAUCUAUGGUGUGAUGCCAUCACAGAAGGAGGCAGUAUGCCCAGCAGCUGUGAGGAUCUCCAGAACACUGAUCUUGAACUAGGAUUGGACAACUCAGCUUUUUAUGACCAGUUUGCCAUAGCACAGUUUGGGUUGUGGGCAGCCUGGCUAACCUGGCUGGGCAUCACGGUCAUUGCCUUUCUGAAGGUCUACCAUAACUUCCGUCAAGAAGAUCUGGUUGACAGCUUGAUCCAUGAGAAAGAGUUUCUACUUGUACGUUCCUCACGACGCUGCUCGGAUGCGGUAGACAGGAAAAGGGGAAUGAUAUGAUUGAAACAACAUAGAUGAUUGAAUAAUAGAUAGAUUCUAAACAAACGAAAUGUUUCGUUGACAUAUUAAUCACACACGCACAUCAGUUGAGCUCAACUCAAACCAAAUUCUCAUAUAAAUUUUAUUUCUACAUCUACAACAGAUAAUCUUUCUAGGAAUUCAUGUGAAUUAACUGCACUUGAUUUGAGAUACACAUUUACAAGUAGAGGUUACCACAAAAAAUUUAUUAAGACGCUGAAAAACUACUGCUUUUACUCUAUGGUGUGUCUACAGUACAUACAUGUAAGAAUGAAUCCUUUGUGAUAUACAAUCAAAGUCCAUUAUACUGUAAUGUAUUGCCAAAUGUGUAUGUAACCAAAGGACUCCCGUAAAGCCUUUUUUGAACAUUUCUCUAGAGAAAAAAGACAAGCUUCCAGUUUUCCUUUCCAUUUGUACACAUUAGCUGAGGAGUUAGACUCUGUACAUUAUAGAGCUAACACCUGUGGUGUAACACCACAGACACAUAAACAUAAUCAGUUAGUGUUGAUGUGUGUGAUCCGUGUAUGAAAUUCUUUACUGUAUGCUUCCUUUUUGUCAUAGUUCCUUUCCAGUUUUGCUUCUUCAUGUAAGGAAAAAUGUAACAAUAUUAAUGACUUUGAUCCUUCCUACUGUACAUGUAAAGGAACUUCUAUAGUCUUGCAUGCACAUUUAUGUUCAAACUGACAGUUUUUCAAGUUAGUAAAAUCUUCACAUUAACUUCCAACAUAAAUGAAAUUUCCCUUCCAAAAAGUACUGUGAUAUGGCACAGAAAUCAUGUGCCGUGGUAUUAAUCUGGUAUGAUAGUACUUUUUUUAUAAAUGGUGCAAGAUUUCCAAGAUAGUAAUAUGAUUUGCUGAGUUUACUUGCUGUUAUAGAUAGAUCAUCUAUGAAGUCUAUGAUUUUUUUCUUUCUUUAAACAACUGUUGCGCAUGCUGCAAUAAAAUUUGAUUUAUGUCUUUUUGGUUAAAGCAUCGUUUGCCAACUAAAGUUCCAAUGCUACUGAAUAUUUGUUUGUGAGUCAGAUAGCCUAGUAUAGCUUAUUUUCGUAACACACAAGCUGACUCCUUUCUAUGAUCAAAUAUUUGUUGUGCAUAAUUUUAUUUUUGUGGUGUGAACACAUCACUACAAGUUUUGGUAUUAUGAGUUAUUCAUUUAUUUGUGUUAAGCGCUUUUAUUACAGCAGCAUAAACGGUAAUGAUGAUGAUAAUAGAUCAAAACACGGAAAAAAUUAUAUGUUUUGUUCAUAAAAUGAAAUGCAAAAAGG